GAGAAAACCAGAAACAAGCACCGCGCGCCGGCACUCUCUCAGUUUGAGCUUUUACCUGCCUACCUCCUUCCCUCCACCGUAUACCUCUUGGUUCCGCCUCCGCCUCCGCCUCCACAAAGGGGGUUGACUGCCGCAGACUCGUACGACCGAACCAGCAGCGAAACUAAUUUACACCAUGGCGCUUCGUUUCGAGGUUCUGGCAAGGUUUAAUCGUGCUCGUGCAGCUCGAAUGACGCUCCCUCAUUUUCUAUGUGAGACACCAUUGUUUAUGCCUGUAGGAACACAAGGGACAAUUAAAGGUUUGACAACUAGCCAGCUUGAGGAGAUUGGCUGUCAAAUAAUCCUUGGGAACACAUAUCAUUUGGCGCUACGUCCAACCUCUGAGCUAAUAGAUGAAUUAGGUGGCCUUCAUAAAUUUAUGAAUUGGUCUAGAGCACUGCUUACUGAUUCUGGUGGCUUCCAAAUGGUGUCGCUGCUGCAUUUAGCUGAUAUAACCGAAAAUGGAGUGACAUUCCAGUCUCCAGUGGAUGGAAACCCCAUGCUCUUAACUCCUGAGGAGUCCAUUCAAAUCCAAAACAGAAUUGGUGCAGAUAUCAUUAUGGCUCUCGAUGAUGUAGUAAAAACCACUACCACUGGUCCAAGGAUUGAGGAGGCUAUGUAUCGCACAAUUCGAUGGAUAGACAGGUGCAUUGCAGCUCACCAGAGACCAGGCGAACAAAACUUGUUUGCCAUUGUUCAAGGUGGUCUGGAUCCUGUGUUAAGGGAUAUAUGUGUUAAAGCUUUGACUGAACGAAAUUUACCUGGCUAUGCCAUUGGAGGCCUUGCUGGCGGGGAAGACAAAGAUUCAUUUUGGCGUGUUGUUGCUCAGUGCACUGCUGCAUUGCCUGAAGAUAAACCCCGAUAUGUGAUGGGUGUUGGUUAUCCACUGGAUAUAGUGGUUUGCAGUGCUCUAGGGGCAGACAUGUAUGAUUGCGUGUAUCCCACUCGUACAGCUCGUUUUGGCACUGCUCUUGUACCAGAGGGAGUGCUCAAGCUUAAACACAAAGCAAUGGCAGAAGAUAUUCGUCCCAUUGAUCCCACUUGUGCUUGCAUGGUCUGCAGAACCUAUUCACGGGCGUACAUCCAUGCCCUUGUCACAAAAGAUGCCAUGGGAUCACAACUUCUGUCAUAUCACAAUCUGUAUUACAUGCUGCAGCUGAGUAGAGACCUACACAAUUCAAUCAUACAAGGAAGAUUUCCAGAGUUCGUCUGCGACUUCCUGAAGAAAAUGUUUCCUAAAGGCGAUGUCCCCAAGUGGGUCUGUAAUGCCAUGGAGGUUGCAGGAAUUGAUAUUGCAGCUUGUUUGCCACCAUCCUCGUCCAGAGGUUGUGGUGCCUGAUGCGUCUCGGUUUGGUUUGUUGAUUCGUGGUUGGUUAGAAAAGGAUUCUUGAUUUUGUAGGUUCAUGGGUUGAUUCGAAAGGGAUUCAAGUGCGAAUUAGAAUCCCGUAAGAAUGUUAUCCCUUCAAGCGGAUCUAGUGUAGACAGGUUAUAGUAACAAAACACCAAAGGAAAGCAAGCGCCUGCAAUUUUCCCAGAGCAAGUGCAGGAUUUUUAACUCAAGGUGGCCUGAGAGAUUCUCAAGAAAGAAACCCUUAGCAGCAUAGUUUUGCCUCCAUAUGCUGUUAGACUCAUUGUGUACCAUUACCAUCCGUUCGCUAAUCCAAUUUUGCAUGUCCCCUGUAUUGCUCGAAAUCGAAACACAAGUUAGUUAACAGCACACAAGUCUCUUUUUUUUUUGUUACUAAUCGCAGGUUACUUGGGCUUUGUUUCAUGGACAUGCUUUCAAUGUCAGAAGAAAGCGGCGUCUAUUCUACUUAUCAAGCUGAUUCGCUAACUGUCCGUCGCUCACUCAUCUGUAAAACCGCUGCCGGGAACAGGUAGUAGACGGAGCUCGGUUCUCCGAAUUUGGCUGACGGGUGCUUACUGCUUACAGCCAUUUGUGUGAGCAUGUGAUUACACCAUUAAAUAAUUGUGCGUUUGUUCCUUGCAUGUUGUGUGAUAUUUUAAUUUGUUUAAUUGAAAACAACAAAGAAAAUGAAAGAGAAAAUAACUGUUACUUGGU